AUGGAAAUUGGUUCUGGUGUAGCUGCACUACCUUCAAUGACUGCUUUGCGUUGUGGAGCUUCUAAAGUUGUAAUUACUGAACAAUCACAUUUGGACAAAGCAUUCACGUCAAUCCGAAACAAUUUGGAAAAGAAUUUUGAUGCCUCCCUUAUCGAAAAUUGUGUCUACUUGCUGGGUUUUGAUUGGCAAAAUCCAGAAAUUGGAAUUACUGAGUUACUCGAAAAAUCAAUUCAAGUUGAUUAUCUUUUUGGCUCUGAUGUAUUUUAUGAUCCCUGUGUUUUUGAAAUUUUAAUAAAAACGCUGAGACGGCUAUUUGAUCUUUUCCCUUUAAUGGAAUUUUAUUUUUCCUACCAAAUACGAGAGUAA